ACGUGCCCGCACGGGGCCAUACCAUCGAGUCAGUCCUCCAGCGUCCCAGAGAGGACUCGGAAGUGCCCCGGAGCCGGCUUCGGUUUUUCCGGCCGGGCCGUCCGCGCUUUUGUCCCGCCGGCGGCCGGGCUCCCGCGGCGCCGCCACAGCCAUGUCACAUUUGAAGACGAGGGGCACUGAGGAUGAGGAAUCAACUGAAAACUAUGAAAAUACUGGAAAUGCAGAAUCUGUGUGGCUAAAAGUGGAAGGUCUUCACAAGGAUCAUAUGCAGGAAUCUAAGGUUGGUGAAACUUGUGAUUGGGAUAGCAAGGUAGAGUAUCAGUUGGAAAAGCCUGAGGGAGAAAGAAUGAAGGAAGACAAAAGUGGCAUCAGGGAAAAGAUUGGCAAAGCCAAGAAUACAGCAAAUAUAAAGACAGAACAGGAAGAUGAGGCAUCUGAGAAAAGCUUACAUCUGAGCUCAAAACAUACUGCACACCAGACUGUCCCUGUAGAACCGAAAAGCAGUGAACAGGGCAAGUGCAUGGAGAGCGUUAAUGGGAACUCUCACUCCAGUCUACAGCAGAAAACCAGUGCUGUUAAGAAGUCACAUAAGUGUGAUGAGUGUGGGAAAUCCUUCAAAUAUAAUUCCCGACUUGUUCAACAUAAAAUUAUGCACACUGGUGAAAAACGUUACGAGUGUGAUGACUGUGGAGGGACUUUCCGGAGCAGCUCGAGCCUUCGUGUCCACAAGCGGAUCCAUACUGGGGAGAAGCCGUACAAGUGUGAGGAAUGUGGGAAAGCCUACAUGUCCUACUCCAGCCUUGUAAACCACAAAAGCACCCAUUCUGGGGAAAAGAACUGUAAGUGUGAUGAGUGUGGAAAAUCCUUCAAUUAUAGUUCUGUUUUGGAUCAGCAUAAGAGGAUCCACACUGGGGAGAAGCCCUAUGAAUGUGGCGAGUGUGGGAAGGCCUUCAGGAACAGCUCUGGUCUCAGAGUCCACAGAAGGAUCCACACAGGCGAGAAGCCCUAUGAAUGUGACAUCUGUGGGAAAACCUUCAGUAAUAGCUCUGGCCUUAGAGUCCACAAAAGGAUUCACACGGGGGAAAAGCCCUAUGAAUGUGACGAGUGUGGGAAGGCCUUCAUUACCUGCAGAACACUUUUAAACCAUAAAAGCAUCCACUUUGGAGAUAAACCUUAUAAAUGUGAUGAGUGUGAGAAGUCAUUUAAUUAUAGUUCUCUCCUCAUUCAGCAUAAAGUCAUCCACACUGGAGAGAAACCUUAUGAAUGUGAUGAAUGUGGAAAGGCUUUCAGGAACAGCUCAGGCCUUAUAGUGCAUAAAAGGAUCCACACAGGAGAGAAACCUUACAAAUGUGAUGUCUGUGGCAAAGCAUUCAGCUAUAGCUCAGGCCUCGCCGUCCAUAAAAGCAUUCAUCCUGGUAAGAAAGCCCAUGAAUGUCAGGAGUGUGGAAAAUCCUUCAGUUAUAACUCACUUCUUCUUCAACAUAAGACAAUUCACACUGGGGAAAGACCUUAUGUAUGUGAUGUGUGUGGAAAAACUUUCAGAAACAAUUCAGGACUCAAGGUCCACAGGAGGCUCCAUACCGGGGAAAAACCAUAUAAGUGUGAUGUGUGUGGAAAAGCCUAUAUCUCACGCUCUAGCCUUAAAAACCACAAAGGAAUCCAUCUUGGGGAGAAGCCCUAUAAAUGUACUUAUUGUGAGAAAUCCUUCAAUUACAGCUCUGCCCUUGAACAGCAUAAAAGAAUCCAUACAAGGGAGAAACCCUUUGGGUGUGAUGAGUGUGGAAAAGCCUUCAGAAAUAAUUCAGGCCUUAAAGUACAUAAACGAAUCCACACUGGGGAGAGACCUUACAAAUGUGAAGAAUGUGGGAAAGCCUACAUCUCACUCUCAAGCCUUAUAAAUCAUAAAAGUGUACACCCUGGGGAAAAGCCCUAUAAGUGUGAUGAGUGUGAAAAAGCCUUUAUCACAUACCGAACCCUCAUAAACCACAAAAAGAUUCAUCUUGGGGAGAAGCCCUACAAAUGCGAUGUGUGUGAGAAAUCUUUUAAUUACACCUCACUCCUUUCUCAACACAAAAGGGUCCACACUAGAGAGAAACCCUAUGAAUGUGACAGGUGUGAGAAGGUCUUCAGAAACAACUCAAGCCUUAAAGUGCAUAAAAGAAUCCAUACUGGUGAGAAGCCCUAUGAAUGUGAUGUGUGUGGAAAAGCCUAUAUCUCACACUCGAGCCUUAUUAACCAUAAAAGUACCCACCCUGGCAAGACACCCUACACAUGUGAUGAGUGUGGGAAAGCUUUUUUCUCGAGCAGAACUCUCAUAAGCCAUAAAAGAGUCCACCUUGGGGAGAAACCCUUCAAGUGUGUCGAGUGUGGGAAGUCUUUCAGUUACAGCUCACUCCUUUCUCAGCACAAGAGGAUCCAUACAGGGGAAAAGCCCUAUAUCUGUGACAGGUGUGGGAAGGCCUUCAGGAACAGCUCAGGCCUCACGGUGCAUAAAAGGAUCCACACGGGCGAGAAGCCCUAUAGGUGUGAUGAGUGUGGGAAGGCGUACAUCUCACACUCGAGUCUUAUCAACCAUAAAAGUAUCCACAGUGGACAGCAGCCCUAUAAUUGUGAGUGUGGGAAAUCCUUCAAUUAUAGAUCAGUCCUUGACCAACACAGGAGGAUCCACACAGGAAAGAAGCCAUACCGAUGUAAUGAGUGUGGGAAGGCUUUCAAUAUCAGAUCAAAUCUCACCAAGCAUAAAAGAACCCAUACUGGAGAGGGACCUUUAAAUGUGACAAAUAUGGGAAGCCAUAGUGGCGCAUCACAGAAGAGAGCUCAUGAAGGAGGGAAUGCUCUGGAUGGGACCAGGAUGAGUGUGUCUCUGUAGGAGGCAGAGCUUACCAAGUAUCAAAGAACUCAAGUGGAAGAAAAACCUUACAAGAGCAUCUGAGGUCAUUGUUCAUGGCUUAUGAUUUACAUAGUAUAAGUGAAUUCAUGAGUAACUUUUUUCUGUGAUUUUUCAAUCAUAGCCAGCAAAGAAGGUUCCAGUGUCAAAGUAAUUGAGCCUUUAUGGAAUAUAAAAUAGUUUGUACUGGGGAUAAAACCUGUCAAAGUGAUGGAGCAGACAUUUCUGGACAUAAAUGAAAACACACAUAUGAGGAAAAGACUUCAAUUAGAAGUCAUAUAGUCACCAUCAGAAAGUUCACAUUUGGGUAAACUCUGAACAGAAAUGUAGGAAAUUCAGGUAUAGCCUUGAAUCCCAGUUAUCCACUGGUCAGUGGAAAAGACCCAAGAAGGACCUCCAGUAGGCAAAUUCAGGGGGAGAGAGGCUUCAGGGAAUAUAAACCCAGAUAGCAAUGAUCAUGAAGUAUAACCUUGACAUAACUAAAUGAUUUGGGGGAGUGAUGGCAACUUCUGAAACACAAUUUGGAUUUCACUGUAGGAAAUGUAAAAAGUGUAGACUUAUAAAUCUAACAGGAGAUAAGAAAGUCACUCAUAAAUAAAUGCAAGUUGACUGUGCUGUCCUGUUGUAAUGUUGUGAUAUACUAUUUUAAUGGGUAAAACUUAAAAUUUCAAAUGAACCCCCUCAAUGAAUGAUGAAUGUGUGAUAAGUGAAAACCUCACACGUUAUGCUACAAAGGAAGGGUUUUACCAUGGAGAGAAAUUCAGCACAUUCGAUGACUAAUGGAACACAUCUCAACAUGAAUUUGCACCUUACACAGAAAGAAUUGAUUCAGGGAUUCCUAUGAAUAGGAAUGCUGAGAAGGAGGGCAUUUUAUUGCGGGAGCUGAAAAGCUAAGUAGCUACUAGUAAUCAAGGGAUAGUAGGAAACUCAUUCUUAACCUGUUAAAUGUUUGAUUGUUUUGGAUUGUGUUAUUGUAAAGAUUUCAUUCAUUAUGUGUGUGUAUUGUCUGUUGUAAAAUGUUAUGCAUACUUUGUUGAGGGCUCACUCUCUUGGCCACGAAGAGCCAGAUAGUGGCUCUUAUAAGGCAAGGUAAGGUGAAACUCCAAUAAAGAAAUUCUUCAAAAGU